GUGAGCGCAGCGCGGCCGCAGGAGGCGCCGACAUGGGGCUGAAGCCGUCCUGCCUGAAAGGCCUUAAAAUGUGUGUCAGCAGCAGCAGUAGCCACGACGAGGCCCCCGUCCUGAGCGACAAGCACCUGGACGUGCCCAACAUCAUCAUCACCCCCCCGACGCCCACGGGCAUGAUGCUGCAGCGGAACUCCAGGCGGACAGUCUGGCAGGAUGAGGCAGGGUCGUGCCCAGAGGAUGGAGAAGUAGACCCUGAAGCCUAAGGAGGAAGCCAGGACGGGCUGUGUCGGCUCCAACUCCUGCUCAGCUACCUCCCCCUCAUGUCACAGGGACGUGGCACACAGCUGGGCCUGCUGCGUGGGGAAACGGCUGCGGCAUGAUGAGCAAGGACCCAGCACUGUCCGCUUCCAGAACUUUCUUUUCCAGACUCCCUGGAGUGGACCAGGCCCCUACUGACAACUCUUAAGGCUCUUGCCGACCCAGAGCAGCAGGGCUGGCCAUCAGGGUGCCAGGCAGAGGCUUUCUUCUGGACAUACUCCAGCGCCCUGGGCCUCCAGGACGGGUGCCCCGGGGGCGGCACGCACGAGGACUUCUUGCAAAGGAGCGGUUCCGUUUUUUUACAGACGAUAAAACAGUCCAAAUGGGAUUUGUAAUUUCUUUUUUGCAUUAUAAAUAAAGGUCCCCU